AAGCUCGCUAAGGCUUUUCCCUUCUGCACGAGCUCUCUAUAAACAUCAAGCUCAUCCACGUUUUUAGAGCAAAUAGCGAAUCCUAGUUGAAUAAAUACGACCUGUACGAACGAAGAAGAAAUAUAUAGAUUCGUAAUUUCAUGAUGGAGGUUGCUAAUGGAGCCGCCACGGCCGCCACACCGGCAGAGAAUGGCGAGCGAGAAGACGUCGGAGGAUACAAAUUGAAGUUCUGCACCGUUUGUGCAAGUAACCAGAACAGAUCGAUGGAAGCGCAUCUUCGUUUAGCGCAAGCCAACUAUCCCGUCAUCUCCUUUGGUACCGGCUCUCUCGUCCGCUUGCCUGGGCCUACUAUCCAUCAACCUAAUGUAUACCCAUUCAACAAGGUUUCCUACGACACCAUGUAUAAAGAAUUGGACAGGAAAGAUCACAGGCUAUACACAGCCAAUGGCCUAUUGAACAUGUUGGGAAGAAAUAGACAGGUGAAGUGGGGUCCAGAGCGCUGGCAAGACUGGCAAAUAGGGUACCCGAGAACCGAACAAGGCAAAGACAGUGGCCAUAUCGGCACAGAAGGAGGCAUUGUAGAUGUCGUCUUUACCUGCGAAGAGAGAUGCUGGGAUGCUGUCAUAGAUGAUCUGCUCAAUCGAGGAUCACCCUUAAAUCGUCCCGUCCAUGUCAUUAAUGUCGACAUCAAGGACAACCAUGAAGAGGCCUCUAUCGGUGGAUCGGGUAUUUUGGAUCUGGCAGAGUCGCUCAACAAAGCAGCUAGAGAGGAGCGGGAAGUCCUGGGCGCUACGGCGUUCGAUAUGGCCACUGCUGCAAGCAGGAUGUCGUUUGAUGAGCGAGUCCCUGAAAUCAUUGGCGAGUGGCAAGAGCGCUGGCCCAACCUGCCAGCGACAUGGACGCUAGCUUGGUUCUAGCUUCUAUGAUUAUGACUUAUGCCUUCUUUUCUUCUUCUUUUUUUUUUUUACGAUACCAGGAACUACCGUAGUUAGUUCCAUGUUCAUGAUACGGGCACUUGGGACGAAUGGCGUUUGGAGAAAGAGCAGGGACCACGAAAGGGAUACGCACAAUCUAUAUAUGGCUAAAUAAUAUUAUCCCAAUUCGAUGAGCACCCUCAUGAUAGCUUUCUAUGCACUAGCAUGCAGUGAGGCCGCAUAGCACAGAUUUACUUGGCUGAUUAGGUACAAGGCAAU